CUAACGGCAGAUGGACUAGGGCACGGUUGCACGAAGACGAAGUACCCUUCCCCCUUGGUCGGCGGCGGCGUUGUGUUCUGCGUUCCGGCUCCCUCUCUUGCCCCUUCUCUUGGCGAGCGACGGCUGGGCGAUACUGCUACGGUUGCCGCGCGAGUGCGCCAUCCUUCGCCUUCUAAGACUCCACACCAGUUCUUGAGAAGAUGCUGAAAAUUAAGAGGGGUGGUGCUGAUCUCACAAGAAGCUUGCAUGGGAACAGAAAAGCUAAGAGGGCGGCGAUUAUCUCAAAAGAAUCUCCCAUAGGAUUAGGAGACACAAUCCAGAUCUCAGGUGACUUGCAUAGGCACUCAAAUCAAGAUGUCUUGACUGAGCUCAGUGAUGAAGUUAAAUCAAAUAUGUUGAAAAGUGUUGCCUCACUUGCUGUGUGCAGUGGGGACACACUCUUAUUUGCAUGCUCAGGCAUAGCCAUAGAGCGUGAAUUAUAUGUUACAAAGUUUGUGACUUCACCAAAAUUGGCCCUAGUUUUCAACAGUGCUAGAAUGGAAAAGAAGCAUGACAACGUAAAGAUUGAGGUGCGCCAUGUAGGCAGUGAGGUUUACCAGGGUUUCUUAGACAGCGAUGAUGUAGAUGAACACUUUUCUGUUGUCAAGGUCAAGGCCUUCCUUGAUGUUAAUGUUGGACUUAUUGAGCAUGCUGAGGGGAUUCUGCCUUAUGGUAAGGUGGUAGUUCUAGGCCGUGGCACCUCGGGUGAAUUAAUGGCAAAAAGUGUGAUACUGGCUGGCGACGUAAGUUGUUCUAAAUAUAAUGAAGAUCCUGUGUUGUCUGUGGAAAAAAUAACGAAGGAUUGGGAAGGUGGGCCACUUUUUUCUUUGGAUGGGAACUUUAUCGGCAUGAACCUUUUUCUGGUUAUGGAAAGAGCUUUUUUUCUACCAUGGGGUGUAAUGGUCUAUCUGGUGUAUAACUUUAAGACUCCCCUAGAGAACAGGCAUGGAGAAGGACCCACACAUGAGAUGUUCAAUCGCUAUCAAGACGUUUAUAAAACUGGUAUCGAGCAUAGUCUGUUUGGGGAUGUUGACAAGAUGGGUUACCCCAAGCUACCAGUAACUAUGCUGGAUGAUGGCUUGGUUUUGGUUAAUACUUUUGAAGACACCUUUGGCGACGUAUGGGGUGAAGGUGUCUGGAGGGAACUUGGGAAAAAUGCUUCUGACAUAAGUCGCAUUGUUGUCGCACUUGCUUCCUUCAAUGGUGAAAAAAUGUUUUCUGCAUGCACGGGUUUUUUUAUUCGAUGGAAUGGCUCAACAACCAUUCUGACAUCUGCAAGCCUGGUUAGAGAUCAUUGUGAUGAAAGCAAGAUUGUUGAAAACUUGACGAUUAAAGUAUUGCUUCCAAACAAACUUGUCCGAAAAGGGAACAUAGAGCAUUACAGUCUACAUUACAAUGUCGCUCUAGUCAGUGUCGAGGAUUGCCGUGUUAUCCGACCAGCAAAGAUUCAGCUUGAUUGUAUUGGUAUUUCCCGUGUAGCAGCUGCAGGGCGUUGCUUCAGAUCAGGCACGAUAAUGGCCACAAGUGGGCGUCUGGUUUCCUGGUCAGGCAGGCUUGAUUGCAAGUUCAUUUUACGCUCCACAUGUAAAAUCAGUAAGGCCGGGAUUGGAGGACCCCUUUUUAAUAUGCGUGGAGAGGUUAUCGGCAUGAACUUCUAUUCAGAGAAAAUAGGCACCCCAUUCCUGCUAUGGAAUGAGAUUGGCAACAUCCUGGCGUAUUUUAAGGAAAAGAGUGAUGCUGGUGAGGUUGCUAAGGACAGUGGUUCCUCUUUCUGGAAAAUGGAUGGGGAUAGCACAGUCCGGUUAAACAGGUGGCCUGUGCCGAUGCCAUGUUGGCGUGAUCCUGACGAUCCAUCUUGGAGCUAUCCUGAUGAUUGGAUUACGGAUGCACCCAGGGAUGAGCCGAACAUUGAAAUCCCACCUGGCGAGGAGUUCAGAUACGGAUACAUAAGGGGAACGAGAUAUAGAAACCUUGUAAAGGAGUGCUGGGUUCCCUUGACCAAGAAGUGGUGAUAUCUCUCACUGUAUAUCAAUCUCCGUGUUCGAUGCAGCUGCUUGGGUUGGCUAACACUCGAGAACGAAGGGACCUUUUUACGCGCCUGCACUGUUUAGAAGCUACUACGACAAUCUCUUGUUCUUAGUCUGUCUUAAUAUUACUCUGUUCUUAGUGAGCUCUUGGGUGUGCACCUAGCUAACUGUUCGUGCGUUGCCAAGGGCAACAAAAUUUGUAUAAAAGAAAAGACCUUUCAGGAUGA